AAUAUCAGAAAAGCUUCGUAAAAAUUCAGUCAUCUGAUUCCCCCUCCCCUAAUUUAAAAUACUAUUUGUGUCUAUCAACAUCCAAAAUGUUUGUAUUAUAUUAUUUUUUAUCGCAAAUUAAUUAAAUUUUGGGCCGAUCUUAUAAUGUCCGGUUAAGUGUUCAUUAACGCUUAACCGGUGGUUAGCGAAUUUUAUUAUUCGUGGGUAUUAGCGUUAGCGGAAACUUAACUGGACAUUUGUAAAGACGACCUUUGGGUACAUUUACAAAUUUUUUUUAUACAUUACAAUAAUGUAUCUGUUAUUAUUUUGGUAUUACAGAUUACCAAUUAAGAAUAAAAUAUGAAUUUUCUAGCUAAUGUAAAUAACCAUUUAAUAGUUAAUAUUUUUUUUUUUGCAUAUACGAUUCUGUAACGUAUUAUAAAUUAUAAUGUUGGUUUGACAGUCAAGAAUUAUGUUUAUGUUCUGUUUGUAGCUGAAAGUGAAUGAAGUAGGUAGUAAUAAUCUACAUUCCAAACGGUUCAGAAUGUUAGGUAUUUGAUAUUUGAUGUUGGUCAAGGGUCGAAGUCAAACAGAUUUGUCGUCAUCUUCUCGUUCAGUACAUAUUUACUACAUUUUAAUCAUAUGUCAAUGUGUGUUUUUUUACGUCCACAAAAGAUCCAUUGUUCUUUUUAUUCUGCUUGUUCGCAUCCGUUUGGCAACCCGGCCAAGAUCCUGGAGACGCUCUCGCUGGAACGACUAUUAAUAAACGCUAUAUAUUUGACAGUCUCGCGUCCCUGUUCAUUCGGUUUACACGCAAAACUGCGUUUCACAGUGUCGCAUAGUUGAGUGCUAUAUUAUUAAAUUAUUCCAUCAUAUCGUUAUAACAUACAUCGUUUAUACUAUAAUUUGAUUUUUAUUGUUAUAUUAUUAUUUGACUUUUGACUGUCUAAAGUUUAUUUUUAAGAUUAUUAUUCAGCUUGAAGGUAAUAGAUAAAACACUUAAAAAAAAACCAAUCCAACGGCGUAAAUAUUUACUCAACAGUGUCGCGUCUUAAUAAUAAUGUAUACAUGUAUUUUAUCGAGUCGAUUGCUUGCACUACUAUAAUAUCAACCACAGUAUUACUCAGCCUACGUCGGCUUACAUUUGCUAUAAACCCAUCGGAUAACUACGACUCGACUCGCGUAACAGCACGCGUGGUCCCGAAAACUGCGUCGCGAUUUAUAAUUUAUUGUGCGCCCUCCGAUUGCGUAAUAUCAUUAUUAUUUCUGAAUAUUGUCAUUGUCAUCGUUUCCGCUUGCAUAUAAUAUACUUCAUAUUAAUAUAAUAAUAUGAAAACGAUCGAAUUCUUUCACAUGCGCGGUGAGUCCGGCUCAGACGGUUGGUCAAUCAAUUAAAGUCCGUCGGGUGAGAAGAAAAUAUGAUCUAUAACCCGCGAUGAAUUGAAUAAUUGAACAUAAAACAUACGAUCCAAUAAAACGGUUAUAUUCUUAAUAUUUUAUUACCGCAUCGAUCACGUUGUGUUUCACUCGCGUUAUCAUGUCGUUCGCGCACAAUCGCGACAAGAGGCGAUCCGUGUCGCCGUCGUUUUCGUGGAAAUAUAGCACUGUCGACUACCAUCAUGGGUCUAUCCCAGUUCGCAGCAGGACAAGGAAACCACAACGGUGCUCCAGCGUCGUGGAUGCGACAACUUCCGUUGCUCCCAGACAGUUGUUGGCGGCGCCGGACUGCGCGACGGCGCUGUUAAUCUAUCGGAAAAUGUGCGCGUGUCACUUGCUAGAAUGCCCGAAGAGUAAAAGUUCUAGUCGGUCGUCAACGCCGCCUCCAUCAUUCACGGAAUGCCAGCAACGGCCCGACGGGGAACACGAGGAAGGGUCAGAAAUGUUCGAAGAGCCUGUGGAGGAAAUAGAGGGAGACAAACAAAAUUGUUACGAUGAGUAUACUACCGCUAUUCCGAAGAAAAAUUAUAGACAAAAAAAGAAAAAGAACAACAACAAUAACAGAGAUAGCCAGAGGACCAGAGUCUGUUCAGUAAUAGUAAUAAUAUUGUAUAAAAAACUGACGUAAUACCCCGUCGGUGGGUCGGAGAGGACGGGCGCUCACAUUAUUAUUGUUAUUAUUUCGUGAUCGUCGUUAAUGUUUGUUCGGUCCGAGCGCGUAAUGGACCGUUGUCGUCAUUCGUCGUAUAGUAAUAGGCAGGCAAGUGCACCGCGCAGGUACCUAUAAUAUAAUAUAACAUCGUCGUCGUGGCCGGAAAGUGGUGCCGCGGCACUGCAUUCCUCGCUCCCCGGACGGUGUGGGGCGGAGCGAGCUAUAGCGAAAGACCUUGAAUGUUCACGCAGACAACCUUCACGUCGGAACCGGACCCUGUGGUACGCACGUUGUCCGGCGAGAGCGCGCGCGCACCCGUUCAAAACUGGUAGUGGGGGGGUUAACGGCGGCGCGCAGUCACUGACUCCGGCCGCAUCCCCCGCCCGACGGUCGGUGUACGUCUCCCCGUCAUGUCGCUUUCUUCCUUCCCCGUUGGAAAUCUGACGAUACGCACGUAUACUUACCUGCCGCUUUUUUUUUUUUUUGUCACUUUACAGUGAUACAUCAAAAUAAUAUAUAUUUUUUCCAUCGAAGAUUACCCAUCGAAAUUUUCAACUUCAAACCCGUUUGAUCCGUAGCGCAAGAAUCGGUGUCGCUCCCAAAAAUUGUUAAAAAUAAGAAUCCGAUUCGCACUUUAUCGGUUGGAAUGAUAAUGGUGGUUGAGGCAUUUUCCCCGAAUCACCACAAACGCACACACCGUCAAGCAAAACUCGAUUUCCCGUCGCAGUUUGCGUAUUUCAUUUCUUACGUGGAUAUUAUAAUUUUUCGUACAUAAAAUUCAAUAAUAUUAUAGCCUAAAGCGGAUUUCGUACAAUACGAUAAUAUAAUAUAGUUUAUAAUAUCAUUAUUCAUUAUUGUGUGGUACACCGUACACGUUUACGAACGAGCGUGAUACCGUCGCACGCACGCGCAGUACUGUUGGUACUUAAACGCAGUCACCGCCGUCGUAGCCUCCUCGUAAGUCGUAACCACUGUUGUGUGUGUGUGCGUGCGUUCCCGCCGUGAACGUGUGCGUGUGCGCGCAUACCUGUUGCUGUACGCGCCGCAUUCCGUAACCGUUCAGCCACCGGAUCGGUCGUCGGCUAUCGCCGUUACCACCACCGUGCGUUUAAAAAAUUCAAAAAAAACCGACGAAUACGCCGCGUUUACGUUUCGUUAUCGUUUUGUUUUUUUUUUUUAUCUGAUUACGUCUCUCUGCCUCUUUCGGCGUUUACAACUAUAUCUGUACGACAAGUUCGUCCGUCUCAGUCGUUUGAUAGUGCGCGACCGUAACCGUCGUUUUCGUACUUGUAUCAUAU